GAGAAGGAGCAGAAGAGAGGGAGAUCUGAAAAUUGCAACUCUCGAAUUUCCCAAUUCCUCCGAUUCGCUCCCCACCAGAUCGGACCCCUCCAUUUCUUCCCAAAUUCUCAAUCAAAUCCGAUUUCGAGCCGUUCGUCCUCCGAUAAUCUCACCGAUUCCGCCAUUUCAGCUCCCCUCCCGCUCCGGCCGCCGGAAAGUUUCGUUUUUUUUUUUUUUUUUUUUGGGGCGGUGCAUGUCCGGUUCCGGUGGUCUGUCGAUCUCGAUUUUCGCGAUUCGUCGGUGGGCGCGGUUGCCGGAGUUUCGGCCAUCGGUGAUUCGCCGUUGAGGAGCGGUUCUUUGGGAAGCUUUGGUUCGGGUUUUGGCUGGGUGGGGCUGCGGCGGGGGCGGGUUGGAGGUGGGGAAUGGGGAUUUGGGCGUUGAUGUUGAAUGUGAUUCGUUAGGGUUUCCGGAUUCGUGGGUUUCGGAUGGCCUCCGCUCAGGUGCUGCCGAGUUCGCGGAAGCAGGAGCAUCUGGAAGCUGGCAAGCGCCGGCUAGAAGAAUUCCGCAAGAAAAAGGCUGCAGAUCGAGCGAAAAAGGCCGCUAGUAACCAAAUUAAUGCUUCUGAUGGUGGCCCUAAUGAGAAAAAAUCACCAGAUGCUGACGUUGUGCGACUUGCAGAUUCUGAUGCCGUUAGAUCGUCUAAUAUGCCCGGUGGAGUCGAUAAUCAACCUUCUGCUGCAGAGAAUAAUGAUGAUGUAAAACCAUAUCAGUUUUCACAGAGAAGCAGGGAAAAUUCUGUUGGUGACGUUCAUUCCUUACCAGAGUUUUCAGUGGGUGUAAAUGAUGCAUUCUCUAAGCAUCCAGCACAAGCAAUUGGAGAACGCCAAGAACAUGAGGGCUAUGGAGGCUUGGCAUCUAAUGGACCAAUUGGCCAUAGCUACAGCCAAGAGAAUAAUCACACGAAAAGUGGUUAUCAAAUAUAUUCCACAACUUCUGGGUUUACAUCUGACAAGUCUGAUGCCUUAUCCACACAAGCCAGUCAGGAGAUUGGUCGCAUUUCUAGCUGGUCUAGUUUCCAUGGAAAGGAAGAAUCCCUAAUGAAAGACAAUAGUGGAAGUUCAAAUGACUUUUUAUUUGCAAAUCCCAGUUCUUCUUUUGUAGCAAAUAUCUCUCCUCAGAAUUCAGGCAGCUUUGUUUCACCAAAUAAACCUGGUAAUGCCAACAUAUUGCCUGGUGAACACACUAGUUCAAUAUAUAAUGAAGACUUUGUGCAACCAGCUACCAAUGCAAUAUGGUCUUCUGCUGGGAGUGGUAAGAGAAUGUUUGAUAUGACACGCUUCAAUGGUUCUAAGGUAUCCGAUAUUCAAGAAAGGAAGCUUGGUAGUGUCUUCAAUGAGUUGCCUAGUACACAGAGUGCAACUUCUCAGUUAUCUGGCGAUUCUUCAUCUGAUUUCCGUUCGGAUUUAAAUAGUUCCUCAAACAGUAUUCCUCGAAAACCACGCCUGUCAUUUCUUGAUUCUCUUAAUGUAACUAGAUCUUCACCAUCACUUCCUUCCAAAAGCGUUGAACCAGAGGAGCCUGUAAUGAGAAAUAGCUUAAAUUUUAGCAGCAUUGAUGCUGGAAAUUCAAACCCUUUCCGUCAUAUAAAUAAUGGGGAUGUAGGGGCUUUCUCCAUACCGAGAGCAUCACCUGGACCUGAUGUACCCAUGCAUUCCAUUAGUCCUUCACCUCUUGCAUUCAAUUCAGAAAGCCGUGCUGGUGAGCAAAGCAUUGAGAGCAAGCCUGAGUUUUACACCUCUAAACAGAAUGAUGAUUUUGCUGCAUUGGAACAGCACAUUGAAGAUUUGACGCAAGAAAAAUUUUCCUUGCAACGAGCUCUUGAGGCUUCAAGGGCUUUGGCAGAGUCCUUAGCAACUGACAAUUCUUCUUUGACAGACAGUUAUAACCAACAGAGAAGUGUUGUCAACCAACUAAAGGCUGAUAUGGAAAAGUUAGAGGAGGAGAUUAAUGCACGAUUGGUGGAGCUUGAGGCUAUCAGAAUUGAAUAUACCAAUGCACAAUUAGAAUGUAGUGCAGCUGAUGAACGGGCCAAAGUAUUGGCUUCUGAAGUUAUUGGCUUAGAAGAGAAGGCUCUCAGGUUGAGGUCCAGUGAGUUAAAGCUGGAAAGGCAAUUGGAAAAGUUACAAGCAGAAAUUUCUACAUACAAAAAGAAAGUAUCUAGCCUAGAAAAAGAUCGUCAGGACCUCCAGUCCACUGUCAGUGCUCUUCAAGAAGAAAAGAAGCUGUUGCAGUCAAAGUUACGGAAAGCUUCAGCCGGUAGGGCUUCUGGUGAUUUAAGCAAGAGCAUUGCCAGUAGAAAAGAUAUAUCCACCUCAACUGAUGACCUUGAUGUUGUAUCAGAAAGUUCCAUCGAGCGUCCCGUCGAGCAUAUGGAACAUGACAGGUCUCUCUCUGGCUAUGAUGCAUCUAGUUCCCUGUUGCCAUCUGAAGAUGUUCAGUUAAAUAUCGAAGCUUCAUCUGUAUAUAUACCUGCUGAUCAGAUGAGAAUGAUCGUAAAUAUCAAUACAGUGAUAUCAGAGUUAGCAUUAGAAAAAGAAGAGUUACUGAAGGCGUUGGCGUCUGAAACAUCUGAAAAUACCAAACUUAAGGCCUUGAAUGAAGAGUUGUCUCGUAAACUCGAAAUCCAGACUCAGAGAUUAGAACUUUUGACUGCUCAGAGCAUGGUCCAUGACCACCUGCCAGCAACCAAACUACCUGAUUCUCGCAAUGUGCAAGAGAAUAUUGCAUAUGCAGAUGAGGGUGAUGAGGUGGUGGAGAGGGUGUUGGGAUGGAUAAUGAAGCUUUUCCCUGGAGGGCCCUCAAGAAGAAGAACCAGCAAGCUCCUUUGAUAUAACCUGGAUAUGAGGAUACAUGUGACGACGAAACCGUCGGAGCCCCAGUGGCAUCUCUCUUUGGCGAUUCACUGCAGGCCAUUAUCUGUAUAUCCGAGUUGACAAUACAAAAUCCAUUCUUUAUGGCGAGUGAAAAGGCCUUCCAAAUAGGUAGGCCAAAUUCGGUUUUCAUUUUGAUUUUUUUUUUCUUUCGGGCAUAGGUCAAGAGAGAAAUUCUUUUUUUUUUGUGCUCUCUGUUGGGAUAUCAAAAAUUUUGGUGAGAGAAGCAUUGUUGGGCGUGGAAACAUUGAAUGGUGGGGAUAUAGAUUCAAAAGUGGGGAAUAAUGUAUCAAUCUGUUGUCUUAAAUAGUAGAGAGUCUGCAGCCCAUUCUUUGUUAUAUGUGGGUUGUAGCUUUGGGGUCAAAUGUUCAGGAAAUGAUUUAUGGAGUUUGGGAGAUCCACGGAUCUCUCUCUUUUCUUCUA